GCCUCUCGGUCGGUGAAUUAAGAUAAUACAAUGAAGUACGUCGAGUAUUUAAGACUACCUAACUGUAACAAUAACGUUACAUUCCCCGUGAAACUAAUAUGUCCCCGCGUCCAACCAGACGUCGCAGGCUUACCCUGACUAUUCGGGCAGGUGUUUAUCUUAACCGUCCCUCGGUGCGCGCGGAUCGACAAAUAUAGAUCGGUACCGCCGAUCUUGCAUUAGCAGGCUGCUCAUAUAUAUGUAAACACCUGAACCCCUGGAUCAGAUGAGCUUGGCCAAGAAGCUUAAAUGAGCCUCUUGUUCUUGUUCCUCUUUUUCUCCCUAACCCUAUUCAUUCUUUACUCGUAGGAAGAAUACAGGUAGCGCGAUGAAGUUCUCUAGUUUCGCAAGUAUCAUCGCCGCGAGCGUUCUCGGCACCCCCGUCGCUGCCGCUCCUACAGCGGCUUCAGCAGGGUCUGCAGGGUGUGGGAAAUCACAUGUACUCCCCGGCGUAACGAAAUACAAUAGUCUUACUAGCAGCGGUCGUGGGCGAAAUUACUUCAUCCACACGCCGGGGAACUAUAGCGAGACGACGCCGUAUCCGGUCGUGGUCGGCUUCCACGGCUCAAGCAGUAUUGGGUUGUUCUUCGAGGUGGACACCGGCUUGAGUUCCGACAAGUUCAGCGCCAAUAAAAUUAUGGUCUAUCCGAAUGGUGUCGGCGGCGCCUGGGCUGGCGCAAACUACUCUGAGGCCUCGGUCGCAGAGGACUUGCAAUUUGUCUCGGAUCUGCUAGACGAUGUACGGGGGUCAUACUGCGUAGAUGACAGUCGGAUCUACGCUACAGGCAUGUCCAUCGGUGGCGGCUUCGUCAACACCAUCGCAUGUAAUGACGUAGGAGACCAGUUCGCAGCCUUCGCGCCGGCUUCGGGAUCGUACUACACAGACAACGACGCGGCGCACGAGGACUGCGAGCCGGCGCGGAGCCCACUGCCUCUGCUCGAGGUCCACGGAGGUGCUGACGGUAGCGUGCACUACGACGGCGGAGACGGCGAGGGCGGCGAGGAGCCGAGUAUUUCAGACUGGCUAGGAUGGUGGGCACAGCGAAACGGGUGCGACGACAGCGCGAAGCAGGUCGAGGAUAGUUUUGAUGGCGACGUACACUAUACUACCUGGAAUUGCGGUAGCGAGGAGGGCGCGCUGCAGCAUUGGAAAGUCGAUGAUAUGGGGCACUGCUGGGCAUCGACCGAGAUCAACUUCUCGCAGGUGGCGGCGGGACAGGGACCGACGCAUAUACAGGCCUCGCAGAUAAUCAUGGAGUUCUUCGAUAAGUUUACCAAGCCGUGAAGAGAGUAGAUUAGGUAUGCUCGUGUAGUAGUUUCGGGGGGUAGAGUAAUAUUCGUACCUAUAUAUAUAGGGUUGUUGGCUGUAUACUA